CUGCAGCAGUGCUAUGGAACAGAGCAGGACUGAGAGACACUCAGAGAAGAACAAGAGGAACUCUGUCAAUAGCAGGUGAUAACAAGAGCAUCAAGAUGAGGACCACCAUCUGUGUGUCAGUCUUUCUCACAGUUUUGUGCCAGUUGACCAGUGCUGUGACUGUUAUGGAGGGAGACUUUGACUUCUCUCUGGAGUCAGUGAGGGCACUGGGGGCUUUGAUGACUGGUGAUGAUGCAUCAGCAGAGCAUGAACUCCGGCUGUUGGAGGCCAAAGCAGCGGCUAUGUGCUCUCACCCAGCUCUGCCCAAAGACUUCAAACCUCUGUGUUUGAGGAAGGAUGCUGGAGCAUCUCUGGCCAGACUGGUGCUGGUGGCUUCCCACUCUGAUGCCUGUGAGAUCUGUGAGUCUGUUGCCUGCACUGGCUGUUGAAAGGGAAACCUGCACUUUGGUGCUAUCAUUCACAGAAUAAUAUUUGACCUUUUUCUUUAUUUAAAAUCAACAAUUGUUUUCAAAACAAUAGGGGAAAUGCUGAUAUUUACUUAUUGAUUAGACGUGUUCCUCAAGGUGUGACAUGUGGUCAAAGUUUUGUAAAUCUGGUUAAAACUUAAAGCUACUAAAGUAGCUGUAAAGCUUAUUUUGUUUCAAUGUAUGUUGUGGGAAAUUUAAUAAAUUGUUUGAAAAUCA